CCGGGCGUGCAUUGUGUGUAUGCAAAGCAUCGCCGGGCUCCCGGGGCAGCUCGAGCCGGGGACUCGGCGGCUGCUGCGGCGGCUGCGGCUGGCGCUGGGGUGUAUAUAUGCUGCUGCUGCUGCUGCCACGGGUGCCACCGCCCGAGACUGAGCCCAGCGCUGUCAUGCUCCUGCCGUGGGGCGGGCGGCAGCGUCGUCCUGUCGCUAUAUAAGCGCGAGCGGAGGGGCCACCCGGAGGGGCUGAAAAUGAAGGUGCCCGCGCAUGGGCCGCCGCUGAUUGCCAACCCCUCCCGAGCUCGCUCCCGGCGUGGAGCCCGAGGCCGCCGAGGACCCGCCUUCGCCGCAGUAGCAGCAGGAGCAGCGACGCGGACAGCAGCAGCUGCGGCGGCGGUGGCGGUGGCGCCCCUCCCGCCAGCGCGUAGAGCGGCGGCGACUCCGGGGCCGCCGCUGGCCCCGCUGCCAUGAGUUGUGCGGAGGUGAUGUAUCACCCCCAGCCGUAUGGAGCGCCCCAGUAUCUGCCCAACCCCGUGGCAGCUGCAACCUGCCCCACAGCCUGCUAUCAUCCGGCGCCCCAACCUGGCCAGCAGAAGUUAGCGGUAUACAGCAAGAUGCAGGACUCACUGGAAGUCACGCUUCCCAGCAAACAAGAGGAGGAGGAGGAGGAGGAGGAUGAGGAGGAGGAGGAGGAGAAAGACCAGCCUGCCGAGAUGGAGUACCUUAACUCUCGCUGUGUCCUUUUCAAUUAUUUCCAGGGAGACAUUGGGUCAGUAGUGGAUGAACACUUCUCAAGAGCUUUGGGCCAAGCCAGCACCUUGCAUCCAGAAUCUGCCAUUUCAAAAAGCAAGAUGGGGCUAACCCCCCUAUGGCGAGACAGCUCAGCUCUCUCAAGCCAGCGGAGUAAUUUUCCGACUUCCUUUUGGACCAGCUCUUACCAGCCCCCACCUGCACCCUGUUUGGGGGGAGUUCAUCCUGACUUCCAAGUCACUGCACCCCAUGCCACCUUUACAACAACAGACCCCAACUCUUGGCCAGGACAUGGUCUGCAUCAGACUGGCCCUGCCCCACCCCCUACUGUGUCCGAGUCCUGGCACUAUCCUCUGGCAUCUCAGGUGAGCCCGUCCUACAGCCACAUGCAUGACAUGUACAUGCGGCAUCACCACCCUCACGCCCACAUGCAUCACCGCCACCACCAUCACCACCACCACCACCCAGCUGCUGGUUCUGCCCUGGAUCCCGCAUACGGGCCCCUGCUAAUGCCAUCAGUGCGUGCUGCCAGGAUUCCUGCUCCCCAGUGUGACAUCACAAAGACAGAUCCGACGACUGUCACCACUGCUACCUCAGCAUGGGCUGGAGCCUUUCACGGGACAGUGGACAUCAUGCCAAGUGUGGGCUUUGAUACAGGUCUUCAGCAUCAGGACAAGAACAAAGAAUCAGCUUGGUACUGAAGCAUGGUAUUAGCAGACCCUAUUGCAGCCUGAAUCCCAGGUCCCAUUGGGAAAAGAUGCCAUGGGGAUUUCCUAUCCAGCAAUGGGACACAGGAAACAUGGAUGGAGAAGAGGACAUAUGAGGCCAUUGUCUUUCGAUUUGAACCUUUUCUGGAGAAAACAGAGUGGGUCCUAGUCAUUGAGGAGAAGCGUUUCGUCUGUUUUCCCUCAUCUGAGCCUUUGUCAGCUGAGCGACGUCUCAUUUUACUCACCUUUUACCAGUACAUUGGGUAGUUUUUGUUUGUUUCUUCUUUUUUCUUUUGGAACCAGCCGCCUUGUCAAAAGAUGAGCCACCAAAAGAAAAUGCUCAUUCUUUCAGGAAAACCAUUUUGUAGCUCUCUCUUCAUCUAUUUUUUUGUAGAAAUACAGAAACUUUGGUUGAGCAUGGAGGGGAUAUUUUGGAGGGAUGUAAUUUUUUUUUUUAAAAUAUUGUAACAGUUGUUGAGUUCUGUUUAAAGAACUUGCUCUCAGAAAAGCACUGGCCAAAACUUGUUGAAGCACAGAUCUUCAAAGUGUCGGCAGUGUUCUGGGUCUGUGCUUCCGAGGGUACCUCAAGGGUUUCAGCCUGUAACAGGGGCACUGCCAUAGACAAACCAGUGCAGCGAUGCAUUUAUAUUGAAUCUCAGUGAAGAUUUAAUUCCAUGCUAUCUCCCUUAGUUUGCAGACACAUAUGUGCAGCUUGAAAAGGCACUUUCUUUGGAAGGGCCACAAAUGAUAGGGUAUUUUAUUACUUUGAUGUCUCCCAAAGAGUUCUAGGAGGUUGGCUAACAAGAAAGUUUAGGUUAAUGAACUCAAACUUUACAGUCCAUCCCAUCUUAAUAAUUUAGAAGAGAGCUUAUGCAUAGCUCAACACAGGAAAGACAAUGCAUUUAGCCAUGAUACCUGUGGAUACCAGUAACUGAUUUUUUCUAAUUUCUAACCACUCAUUUGUGGCAGUUUUGGAAGUCAUACUUUGAAUGAAUUCAUUUCCUGGAAUGAAUUCAAAUGAGCCAUAAUAGGAGAGGACGUAGACACGUGACAGAGUGCUGACUGUCCCUCACCAUUGUGACCUGAUAAGUCAUGGAUUCUGUAUGUAAUGUUAUAAUUGGAGGAUUUGGCAAUAUUUUAAUUUUCUUCUAAGUGUAAUUAGUUUCUUAAAAAUUACAGAGAAGUAAAAGGGGCAAUAGAUUUAAGUUUAUACUUUAAUUACAGAAACUGGAUUAGAAAUGGGAAGCUUGAGAAGUGAGCCUCGCAUGGCACACAGAUAAAAAGAAAGUGAUGUUGGGAUUAACCUUAAGAGAUUAGGCCAAGGUUGGGAUUAUGAAGGGAGUGCUGACUACCAAAUCAAAGACACAGUCUGUUCUUCCUCUCAGUUGCUCCCAGCCCUCGUUGACAUUGGAAGUGAUUGUAGUGCUGAUGCUCUCAUUUGAUAAUGUUUUACAAAUUUCCCCAUCUCUCUCAACCCACACGAAACAGAAUGCUGAGAAACGUGCUACUUUCUGGUUUUAAUUGUGUACGUCAUGGGUGUGAAUACUUUACACAUUAACGACCAAACAAGCGGUUCAGCAGAAUUCUCACAGCUCAUUUCCUGAUAUUUUCCUUGGCUGUAUCGGGGACAUUAGCUUCUCCUCCAGCUGCAUUUGCAUUAUAAACCCAUGUCCUUGCUUGUC